AUGGCUUAUAAUUUGAAAACUUCCUUCAUCACAUUCUUCUCAUUACUUAUAAUCUCUUCAUUUGCCCUAAUGCGGAUUACAAUGGCCGGAGAUCCCAAUAUUCUUACGGACUUCAUAGUUCCUCAAAACCUGGGAUCAACCAACAUAACCGGAAGUUUCUUUACAUACACUGGCCUGCGCUUCCUUUUUGAGGAAACAAAACCACCCACGAAAUUCACGGCCUCAAAAGUAAGCUUGGCGGAGUUCCCUGCCCUCAACGGCCAAAGCGUCUCGUACGCGGUUCUCGAGUACCCGGCGGGGAAGACCAACCCGCCGCACACGCAUCCCCGCUCCGCCGAGCUCCUCUUCGUCGUCGGAGGCUGUCUGGAGGUCGGUUUCGUCGACACCAACAAUACGCUCUACACGCAGUCACUGCAAGUCGGAGACAUUUUCGUGUUUCCAAAGGGGCUUGUGCACUUCCAGUACAACGCUGAUCCGAAGGGGCUGGCCUUUGCCGUUUCGGCGUUUGGGAGUGCGAAUGCCGGGACGGUUUCGCUUCCGAACACUUUGUUCGCAACCGGCAUUGACGACGACGUUUUGGCUAUCUCUUUCAAGACUGAUGUUGCCACCAUUCAGAAGCUUAAGGCCGGUCUCGCUCCCAAACCCUAG